AUGGCCCUCAUCGAAUGGCCUCCUUCAAAGGCCACUCUCAGGUCACCUGCUUCGGUUUUCAUCGUCGGUGAGGAAAGAACUGAAUUUCAUGUUCACCGUGAUGUGGUCAGCCGACUUUCGACCACUUUGGCCCCAUUGAUGCACAGCAAUAUGCCCGACGCCCGAAAUGGCACGGUGAUCCUGGAAGAUGUGGAUGACGACCUCUUUGCUUGUUUUAUACAAUACGCAUACACAGGUGACUAUGCUGAACCCACCGCCGUCAAGAACCUCACAUGUGGUGACACGAUUCAUGCGGAUCACAUCGACAACGCCACCGGUAAGAAAUUCGAUGACUAG